UUCUGGUCAAAAUGGCGGCUUGUCACAUUCAUAAAAGCAGAAUCAGAUUCAGCGGCCUAAUUUUGCGUUAGAUUGUAAAAUAUUGCUCUGUGAAGGUAUAGAUUUUAUGCUCCCAAGUUCUGAGUGCACGGUAGAAGCAUGGCGGGGAGGCCCAAGAGUCGAGGGAGCCCGGCCCCCCCAGGUGUCAUGGCAUCGCCUUUCAAGGGCCACCUUGUCCUGAAAAGCAGUCCCUUUGCUCCUUCAACUAACAAGAUCACAGAGCAGUACAUGAUCCAGGACCACCUGAGUGUUCACUACAAGAAACUGUCAACUGCCAAACCUGCCAUUGACAACAGGGUGCCCGCCUCUAUGGUCAAAAGUGUCAAAUAUCGUGACCAGCAGCGACGUCUGAUGCUGGAGAAGGAGAUGAAGAAGUUCCAGCGGGAGCUGAAGUCCGCCCGCAGCGCCUCAAGGAUGAGCUCACGACCCAACACACCCAUGAAGGCACAGCACCCAGAACAGGAUCUGUCUGCGAGUGACCUUGACCUUCUGGAGAAUAUCCUGGAGGACAGGCACCGCUCCCCCAGCCACUACCGUAACCCCAACAUCGUCCCGUCUAACAUCCCCCCCCAGCCCAGGCCCAGGAGACCGCGCUCUGCUCAGCCACAGUACCCAGAAGACCUGGAGACGGCUGUAGACAUUGCCCAGGAGGUGGCGUCGCCUGCCCCCGCCCGCCCGCGCUCUGCGUACAGUGCCAGGAGCGCACGGAGCAGGACCGGCAGCGUUCCUAUGGCGACCACCCGCGGAACGACAAACGCGGCGGACCAGUCGAAAGUCAACCAGCUUCCCCGCAACACGCCUGACGGGGACAUCCUGAACACGCGGGCGCACAAGUUCCGCAGCCCGGACCGCCCCUUCACUCCCAGGACCCUGAACCGGACCGGGGUCCAGUCCCGACUGGCCCAGUCCAAGUGCUACAACGCGCCACGCAGGAAAAAGCCUCCCAAACCUGCGGAUAAUGAUGGGAGACAGAGUGUUGCGAGCGACCUGAACAUGAGUGAGCUAAGUUACACGGACGUCCCGCCUCAGCCUGCCCCGCGGGCCUCCAGACAGGAGGAACAGAGCCGGGUGCCUCCACUGGACAUCGAGAAGGAUGCUGACCAUGCCAGAUGGGUGGAGGAACAGGCGAAGAGAAUGGAGAGACUGACAGUGAAGGAGGACUCCUGGAGCACAGUGCCCCAGCCGGCUGAGAGGAGGAUGUCUGACACUAACAGGUCCAUGUACAGCACAAAGAAUAGGACCAAGUCUCAGACUAUGAAACAGAUAGAGGCAGAGGAGGAGGAGCUGAAGUACCUGGAGUUUGUAACAGACGUGACAAAUGACAUACUGGCGAGGGGAAUCUUUACCAACAAGGUCCUGCUGCAAGUGUUUGACAGUCAUGUCCAGAAGAGGAGAGGAGAAUUGAACGAGACUCGUAUGCACCAGAUGAUUGACAUCCUUCGAGAAGACUUGGGCAUUGCAGACGACUCCAAGGCCCCCGACACCCGCUACACCCUCCGCCCCAGGCCUGAUGAUGAUGAGGACACGCUAGGCGACCAGCCGGCCACCAUGGGGAGCGACACAUUCGGGCCCGAGGACGUCAGCAGGGAGUACGAGAACAUCCUGAACAAGCAGGCCACGGGCGGCGGCCUGGACGACACAGACACUCUCCCCAAAGCCGCUGAAGACGCUUCAGAAGUGAGGACAGAAAACGGACACGCUGAGGAAGACGACAGGCACGCCCCUGCUGGGUCUCCUCUCAGUCUGUCAGAAGAUGAAGACGACAGCAAAGGGUCAGAGGAUGAGGAUGGGAAGAAAGGAGAGGAUGAGAGGAAGGAGAGGAGAGACAGUACCAGCUCACCUACCCUGAGCUCAACGUCCACGUCUGAGAAGAGCCUCAGUGCAUCUAUGUCCUGAUGAAGGUUUUACUAACUUACUUACUGCCCUUAAUGCCAGUCCCGGCGGCAUGUAGGGCAGCAACAAAGGUUCUCAGUUCCCUCUGUCCUGCACUGUUCUCUGGAUGGUAUCCCAAGUGUGGCUGAAGCUCUUCAGGUUUUCAUCCAUCUCUAAUUUUUGUAAUUGUACAGGUAGAUUGACCUAGUGUGAACUGUGUCAGGACCAUUCCUAAAUUCUUCUGAACUAUGAGAGUUUUACAUUGUCAACAGUUUCUGUGAAUAACAUUCAGUCACAGUUUUGAAUUGACAGUGCUUCCAGAUACCUGCCUGCCUGCCUGCCUAGUCCCAUCCUCAUGUCUGAGGGUCGGGGACUAUGUUGGUAUCCAGUAUCAGCCUCCUCCACUCCCUCCUGUCCCUGGCCCUGUGUGAUCACUCAGCCAGUGGCAUUCCAGAUACAUUAAUAUGAAUUUUGACUUUCAUAUGGCAUAACAUUAAGCAACUGCUGCUGUAUCUUUCUAGCCUGGGUGCCAUCUGAUUUGUAACGGCAACGCCGAAAAAAUCGGAUGGCACCCAGGCUAGUAUCUUUCAGAAUCUAUUGUAUAAAAAUAGUCCCUCCCUGUUGUACUAUUGAUCAACUACUGUAUCACAAAUCUAAAUCAGGGUAAUGAUAUUGGUUGCUAUUGCAAGAUGACGUAACAUCGAUGUAGACCAAAGGGUUCUGUAACACCAAAUACAAUAUAUAGCUAUAAAUGUAAUACAUAGCUAAGUGUACCAAAGUGUAGAAAGUUAGGGCAAAAAGUUAGGUUAUCACAAGGUUUUGUUUACUCAUUUUACCUUGCUUUUGAUGAUGCAUUUUGGCAAUGUGUGGAAAGUACUAGUAUCUGCAUUAAGAACAUGUUAUUACCUUCACAUAGAAGGUUAUAGCUUUUUCAGCAAUGUGUAAAGUUUGAAAUUUUUACAAAGAAGAGAAAGAGCUGAUGUAAAUGCUAGCUAUGUUGAAAUAUUUCUGAGAGGAUGGAAAGCAGAGUCCUAUCAAAGCCUAACAGUAUCAUUUUGUAAAAUAGCUAUAAUAUACUGAAAUCUAUACUAAAACCUUUCAGAUGAACUUGUAGUUAUGGGAAAAGCCUCAAGGGGGAGCUUCUGCUUGAGAGCUCGAUAUUCAAAUAUGGGAUGAGCAUUAGAAAUGCUAUUUCUGUGAUCCGUCCAGAAUUUGAAUCUAUUCAAGUCUAGAAGUCCCUUUUGAGAUUAUGUGAAAAUAAUGAUAAUUGUUGAGAAGUAAUGCCCAGCUUGUGCCUACUUCAAAGAGCACCACAUCACGUGACAAUCAUUAUUAUAAAGAUCACAUGACACCAAUAACACUGAAACAAAAGCAAACAAUUUUACAUAAUUUUGUAUUGUUCUGGUUCGACUGCCAGGCUCAACAUAACGUCAUUCAAUUGGAUUAGCUGGCUGAUACCUAUUACGUUUGACCAUUUUCAGGAAUUGUUGUUUUCAGCACUUGUGUUAUUGGUGUCAUGUGGUCUUAAACUUUCAGCUAGUAGGGAACCUUUCUUUGUCAUUCCAAAAGUGUCUAAUAAGCUAUGGGAUAGGGUUGAUUCAACUUACUAGAUUCUUAAAAAAUUGAAAAUUCAGGUUUACUGCCCCAAAAUCACUUUGGGUGCCUUAUACUACUGUACAUUCUUACGUUGAAUAGUGAACAUGGCACACUUGUUAUUAAAAUCAAUCAGCUACGUG